AAUGACAGAAGAUAUCUACAAAGUGGAUGAUUUAAGCAAUGGGCUGGAAAAGAAUAAAUUGUCUGUUUACAAUUAUGAAAAUCUGCCGCCUUUUGAAUACAUUUUGGGUGUUGAAUUGUCUCCAGAGCUAAAAGAUUCGUUUACUAAUCGCGAGAAUUUCUGCAAAUGUUUAAUCACUGAUUGUGCCACUAAUAUUCGAGAUCAAUGCCUAUGUAAUGACAAAACUGCGUUUUGUUGUUCUCUAUGUUCAUGCUCAAGUCAAACAGAAGCAAAUUGUUCCAAACGUUAUUUGCCUUUAAAUUGUUUAUUUCAAGUUUUUUAUGUCAAUCCGCAAAAGAAGUGGGGUUUACGAACUCUUAAUUUUAUAAAAAAGGGAAGCAUUCUUUUUGAAUAUGGUGGGAUUUUAUCAGAAGACAAAGAUGGAAUUGAAGACGAUGAUUAUAUUUAUUUAUUUGAUUAUGUAAGUUUUAAAAGCUUUGGGGCAGCUACCGACUAUUUUCGUUAUACCAACAAAAGUCCGCAACAUUUUUUCGUAUUUCGCAAAAAUGCACAUAAUGGUCAGAUUUUCAAGCUCUAG